CCGUCGAUACGCUUCAAUUUACCUGAAACGAAAGCAAACACAACACCAGGCGGUUGAGUCGUCACUGGCUCCCUUCUGUCAGGGCGUGUUUUCAAGCUAAGUUAAGCUUGGCAGGAAGGAGGCACCAGGCCGAGCAGACUUUAUUUUUCCUCCAAAUUUAACCUACUGAUGUGUAAUUUACAGUAACUAUGGAUUUCGACGCGUUAUUUAACGAAGACACGUUUCAGUUUUCGGACUUCCAGGAGUUCACGUUUAUUCCUGGACACCAAAAACUGAGCGAGCGAGUGAGAAAAAGACUGUAUUAUGGCCUGGACAAAGAUGUUUCACUAGAUGCCCUUUCUUGCCCUGUUACAGAUAUUGCUGUUGAAAUUUUCCAAAAGUCUGCCCCCAGCCCAAUCCGAAAGCUCCAGAAGAAGUAUGCUGCUCAUGUUGCAAGGGAGGCUUGCAUCUCUCCGUGUGCCAUGAUGCUGGCUUUGGUUUACAUAGAAAGACUCCGACACAGAAACCCCGAGUACCUGCAAAAGAUCUCCUCAUCUGACCUUUUCCUGAUCUCGAUGAUGGUUGCCAGCAAAUACCUCUAUGAUGAAGGUGAGGAAGAGGAGGUUUUCAAUGACGAGUGGGGAGCAGCUGGGAAACUGGACGUCCAAACGAUCAACAACCUGGAGAUGAGUUUCUUGAAUGCCAUUGAGUGGAGCCUCUUCACAGAGCCAAAGGACUUCUUUGAUAUACUCUGCCACCUGGAAACAAGAUUGCAGAACCGUGAAUCAGCACAGUUUCUGGGGGUGGCUGUUUGCAGCAUUGCAGAGAAGCAAGGAAUGAGACGUGGCUGGUUCACCUACACUGACCUGUGUGUGCUGCUGGAUCACUCCGCAUGGAGUCACGCCCUCGCUGCCAUCUACCAGCACUUUCUAAAGGUGUCCUGUAUGCUCGGCCUGGUGUAUCUGACUGGUGUAACCACUCUGAUUGCGAGCAGUGCCGUUGUGCACCAGCUCAGUCUGUGCAGAGGCGAUCAAUCCGCGCUUCCUUUGCCAAACGAAAUCGGCCUCCUCCAGACCCCCAGUCUCAGCCCAGAAGCAGCCACGCCGGCCCAUCGCCCACCAUGUUGUGUUCUGACUAAUAAGUCUCUGAACGGUCAAACCACUUCGCUUGAAAUCAGCCAGCAACAUAGACAGAACGAUUCCCCGUUGGGCUCUGCAAAAAACUCUGUUUUGUGUCUCUUUGGUUCUCUGCUGGCCUCUGUGAGUUGUGUGCAUCCUGUCAAAAAUCCCGACGCGGAAUCUCCCCUAGCCCGGCCGUCUUCCUCCUUCGACUGUUCCGGCUGUCUUCCAAACCUUCCUCAUCUUCAGUGUGUACUUCGAAACACCUCGGCACUCCCUCACCACAGUUCUGUCAAACCGGGUCCUCAGUCGGCGUGGCUUUCCUCCGGCCUGAUGGGAGCCGCAGGAUCAAGCCUGGACUCACACUUUGGGGCGUUUCCAACUGUAGAUCUGUUGCCAUGCCGAUCUGAGGCUCUGCUCAUGCCUGGCUAGAGAGGCGUCACCCGUCGUCACGCUGGAAACACCCCUGGAAACCAUUAAAGCUUUAGUUGUCAUGACUCACCACUGUCAUGUUGUUACGAAUGCAGACGCAAAGUGGCACUUUUAUUUGUAGCGAGGCGCUCUGAAGGGCGACAAAUCUGCUUUUUCAUAUUGGGAUGAACAAGAUUUCUUCUGAAUGUCUUUUGAGUUAUACAUAAUUUUAAAAAAAAAAAGGUGUCUGAUCGGGGAAUUUAGUGUAUUUGUUUAAAGGUUUCUAAGCAUAUCUGCAAAAAGGUUUUCCAGCGAGCGCUUAUUUUACUAGCUUUACAAGGAGGACGAAUUUAACCAGCAUAGGCUGUUUCCUAAGUUUUCACUUUGCUCAUGCGCACUCUUUGUUUUGUUCUUCUAACAGUUUGGAUCAGAUUUUGGUCAAAUUCGCUGCAAGCACUGAUUUGUUUUGUUCAUAGUAAGUGGUGGGAGGUCUCUUUCCUGCAGAGGAAAGUGUCAAAAAGUGGAAGUAGACUACUGAGUGGAAGCUUUAUCUGCAUAUCCAAAUGCACCUGUCACUUGUUUCAUUGAGAUUAAAGACAUGCUGUUUUCUCUACAAUAUUUAGCAUUUCUUUCUCUUAUACACCAUAUUUCAUGUUGGUAAUAAUCCCUGUUGAAGGUCAGUGUUGAAGAGUUGACCUCUGCAGGUUUAUUGGCUCUGUGCCCAACACGUUAGAAAGCUAACUGAAGUGUUUUGUUUUUUCUUAUGCAAUCUGGAAUUUGCACAUUUUUCUGAAAUACACCACUUGUUUUUAUUAUCUUAUUUCCAUUCAAACACAAUAGAAGAAGAAAAAAAUCAUAUUUUUAUGUGCAAUUAAGCAAGGAAUGGGGGGAAAAAUACAUUCAAGGUUUGGAUUUGAUACAUUUUGGAGCUGAAAAACAUUUAAUUUUUUAAAUGGUGUAAAAAAAAAAAAGAAUAAACCCAUAAUUAAUAAAUGCUUUUAUUAAAAGUG